GUCCACAACCAUUUGAACAAUUUGAAACGCAACGCUACGGGGUAGUUUUUGGUUCGAGUGAUGGCCACUGCAUUUGAAACUGAAAUGGGUGUAUUACCCGAACUAUCUAAGGCUGUACAAGAAAUGGACUGGAUUUUGCCUACCGACAUUCAAAGUGAGGCUGUUCCCUUAAUCCUUGGUGGAGGUGAUGUUUUGAUGGCUGCUGAAACCGGAAGUGGAAAAACAGGAGCAUUUUGUUUACCUGUGCUUCAAAUUGUAUAUGAAACACUUAAACUUCUCCAAUCUAAUAAACAGAACAAAGCUAAUAUCUUAUCAAAGCAUUCAAGCGGCCAGAUGAAACUCAAUGUAUAUGAUCGUACUGAUGCUAUGGCAAUUGAUACCAAUGGGUUGCUUUGUCAAAGUCGCGAUCCAGGUGGAUGGCACGGAGCUAGGGCAAAUCGUGGUGUAAAAUGUUCAGGUCGUUAUUAUUAUGAGGCGCAUGUAACUGAUGAAGGGCUAUGUCGGGUCGGCUGGUCAACUUUGAAUGCAUCACAUGACGUUGGAACUGACGCUGAGAGUUUCGGCUUCGGUGGAACUGGUAAAAUGUCUCAUCGUCGACAGUUCGAUUCGUAUGGUGAGGCUUUUGGGAAAGGAGAUACUAUUGGCUGUUUCUUAGAUCUUGAUAAUGGAUCCAUAAGUUGGUCAAAAAAUGGUAAAAUGUUUGGAAAAGCGUAUGACAUCCCAGCUCCCUUACGUUCUAAAGGAUUGUUCCCAUCAGUGUGUUUAAAAAAUGCUGAGUUAAGAUUUAAUUUCGGCGAUAGUGCAUUUGAUUUCCCACCACCAAAUGGUUGGAUAGGUAUUAGUUCUUGUCCAGAAACAAACUAUGUUGAAAAUACUUUUAAAGCUACUUCAUCUGGUUCAGUCUAUAAGUCUAAACCAAAUGCCCCACUUGCUUUAAUUAUUGAACCUUCUCGUGAACUAGCAGAACAAACUUAUGAACAAAUUAAAAAAUUUAAACGUUAUUUAAAAGAUCCCUGUCCUCGUGAGUGCUUGUUAAUUGGUGGUGCCAACAGUAAACAACAAAUGGAUGAAUUACAUUCUGGGGUUGAUAUUGUUGUGGCUACUCCCGGACGAUUGGAUGAUCUUAUUUCAACACAGUCUCUUCUGUUAAGUAAUUGUCGUUUUUUUGUCUUGGAUGAAUGUGAUGGUCUUCUGUCUGCCGGCUAUGGAGAUAUGGUUUCUCGAAUACACAAACAAAUACCUAAGGCUACUGCUGAUGGAAAUCGUUUACAAAUGAUUGUUUGUUCGGCGACUCUUCAUUCCAUGGAUGUUAAACGAUUAGCUAAUAAAUUGAUGCAUUUUCCUGUAUGGAUAGAUUUAAAAGGUCAGGAUAGUGUCCCAGAAACGGUACAUCAUGUGGUGUGCCUUAUUGAUCCCAACAAUGACACAUCGUGGAAAGAAUUAAUGAAAUCAAAUAAACAUAUACAAACAGAUGGGGUCCACAUGAAAGAUCAACUUAAUCCUAAUUCGAGUACUCCAGAGCUUUUGUCAGAAGCCGUAAAAUUACUAAAAGGCGAGUAUGUCAUUCGUGCAAUUAAACAGCAAAAUAUGGAUCGUGCACUUAUUUUCUGUCGUACAAAAUUGGACUGUGAUAAUCUGGAACAGUAUUUCAUAUCAAUGGGUGGUGGACCUAAUCGUCGUGAUUCACCAUUUACUUGCGUUUGUCUUCAUAGUGAUCGAGCUCCUCCGGAACGUAAAGCAAAUUUGCAAAAGUUCAAGAAUGGAGAUGUUCAUUUUCUUAUAUGUACAGAUGUUGCUGCACGUGGUAUCGAUAUUACUGGUCUCCCAUAUGUGAUUAAUGUGACAUUGCCAGAUGAAAAACAAAAUUACGUGCAUAGAAUCGGUCGUGUAGGUCGUGCUGAAAGAAUGGGUCUGGCGAUCAGUCUAGUGUCGACGGUCAAAGAAAAAGUAUGGUAUCACUCUAAUUGUUCUACACGUGGUCGUGGCUGUUAUAAUACUCGUUUGUUAGAUCAAGGUGGUUGUUGUACUUGGUAUAACGAGCCUAAUUUAUUAAACGAAAUUGAAGAACACUUAGGUGUGACUAUCGAUACGGUGGACAAAAAUUUAACUAUACCCGUAGAUGCAUUUGAUGGAAAAGUUGUAUAUGGCCAGAAAUUGAAAAAAACGGCACCUAAAUAUGAAAGUCAUGUGAAUAUUUUAGCAUCCUCCGUUAAAGAACUGGAUAAUCUUGAAAAGCGAUCACAACAAGAUUUUUUGCGUUUACGAUAUGACGAAGAAUUAGCAAUAUGAAAUGAUAUGGAGUUAAUUUCUCAUUAAUUGAGUUGUUGUUACUGUUUUUUUUUGUUUUGCUGAGUUUGUUUAUUUCUCCUUCGUAAUAACACUAAUGAUAGUAAUGAUCGUUACUAUUAUUCACUUGUAAUUUUGCCAACAAAUGAAUGAGUGGAAAUGGUCUGUGGAUAUUAUACUUAAAGACACUGGUUAAUUAAUAUAUUUUAAAUUAACAUUUACGCUGUAUUGUGUAUGUCUUUCACUUAUUGCGCAAGCUCGUUAUUUAAAAUAUAAAUUUUGAUGUGAAUGUUCUGAGGAUAAUCUAAAUAAACAGUUGUUCAUUGGAUUAUUUGUGUAUUUCACCUAGUUAACCAAAUUUUACUCGAGAAGUAAUAAUGUAAUUCGCAGACGUAUAUCUAGUUAGUAUGGCUGGUUUAAUUGUAAUGUCCAGUUUAUCAGUUUUUUUAUAUUUAGACAAAUUAGAUUGCCCUUUUGAGUAUUGACCUAUGAAAACGAACUCCCAGUACUUUGAUACAACAGAUGCUGAUUUCCAUCUACAAAUCCACAAUUUAUCACAAAUAAGAUAUAUACCACGGUAUAUUAUAAUUCAUUCAAAAUCAUAUUAACACAGUUGACUACUUGUUUAACACAUGCUGUAUGAUGACUUUCUUUUACCAAAUAGUAUAUCGACAUCUAAAUGAGCAUAAUAUGGACUUUGAGUAUUGAUUGUUUUUGUAUGGAAACUGAACAUCAGAUUGUCAACUGUUUCAUUUAAAAAAUAAUUUGGUUGAAAAGAACACUCAAUCUUCUAUUCUUAAUUUAAAGCAUGUAUCUCCUUUUAUAUAUUUUGACAAAACAACUCUGUCUUCUCAUUGUUCUAUCAGAAUUCUUAAUUCGAUUAAAGGUGGCCUAAGUCAGUUCGCUCUCCAUUAUUCAUAUUUUCAGUAGACUAAUUUUUAUUAGAAAAGGUGAAUAAAAUAACUGGUUAUAGUCUUUUCAGAUAUUUAAAUCACAUUAUAAUUAAUAGAUUAACUUGCGAUAAUAUAAAAUGUUUGAAUUUCAUUAAAUGAAAUGGUUUAUUACAUAAACCACUGUAAAACCACU